GCUGCGUAAAUAAAAGUGUUAUAUCGAAGCGAGUCUACUAUAGUUUUUAUUAUUACUAUCAUUAAAUAAGAAAAUCAUUCGUAUCAUAGAGCAUCACGUUGAAAGGCUCUUACGUUUUCUUCGCUUCCGUACAUCAUGGCUGGCAUAAAGAAUUACCUUUUCUAUAUAGGUGUUCUUAUCCUUGCCCAUGCUGUCUAUACCGCGAUAACAACGCGUGAGCAGCUGCAGGCGUGGCAUCAUGGACGUGUGAACCCCUCCGUCCGUUCAUUCAAUGUGAUCCCCGCCGUUUCCACACCGGUGCUCCUUUUCAUCGUUAGCACCGAAGCAAUUAUCGGAAUGCUCAUCGCCAUGACAGGAUUUGUCUGCCGUUCAACGCUGAGGGAGGCUCUUCUGACGGAGCUCACGCAGUACUAUCGAUACGAUCGCAACAUGUACACCGGGAUCGGGUUUAUUCAUUUCAACCACCGAGGUACCAUUGGCGCGGGGAGGAAGGAAGCAGGGGAAGACGUGGAAGGCGUGGAGACUAGCACCAUCACAGCUGCAGGAGGCUGCAAAUCUGAAAAUGAAAAGAAAAAGGAUUAAACAUGAGGAUGCCGUCGAUGGGGUGGGGAGAUAAAUAAGCAGAAUCCGUGUGUGAGUGGGCGUGUUCACGUGUAGUGGCCUCGGAUAACUCGUGAGGCUCAUGCCCUGAGGGGAGUGAGCAUGGUUAGCUCAGAUACCUUUCAGUGGAAUAAAUAAGUGAGGUUAACGGAUUUAACAAUAUUUUUGCGCUAAGUAGACACUAUCUCAUACGUUUGUCUAUCGUUUGU